ACCGCCCACGCAAGCGAUUUCUACAUCGUAGUUCUACACUUGAGACCCCUCCCCCCUCUUCUAUUUCCAAUCCAGUCAUUCAGAGCAAGGCGAACAGACAGACUGAAAGACAGGAAAUAAUUUCCCGAUGUUCCUGCCGGGAAAGAACGAACCGGAAAUGUCAAUAAACCAGCCGGUCAGUCAGUCAGCCGGGCCAUCUAUCAUCUUCCGCCGGGCAACGGCAACCUUCCUUUCUUCUAUUCUCACUCAACACUUCACAUCAUGCACCUCACACCAUUUCUUCUUGCACGUCGCAUUCCCAAAGAGGUAUGAGCCUCCGUUCUCAUAUAUAUAGAGCGCCACCUGUUUCCAGGAUACCUUCGGCGGCUGAGCAAGGGUGGGAUUUCGAGACUGG